UACAGCGGUAUACAUACACAUUAUGUUGUACUGAAUAUUCGCUUCAAUUCAAAGCAAAUUAUUCUAUUAACUACUAUCUCUAAAUGUCGGAUAUUUUUAAAAAUUAUAUCAAAGAAGCUGAAUUCAGCAAAAACCAGAUAAAAUCAGAACAUAGUCCUGUAGUAAUGGCGAGUUUAGAUAAAAAUAAAAAUAGUGAUGUUGACAAAGGUAUUGAUACUAUAGAUCAUGUUAAUGGAUACGGGGGUUGUCCUUUUAAUGGUGAAAAAUUGGAAACAAGUGAACAUGACAAGAGACAAGUGAAGACGAACUUGCGUUUAAAGGUGCCGCAACCUUUGAGACUAAAAAAUCAUAUGUUUUGUGAUGAAAAUAUCGACACACUGCACUCUCAGAUUGAAGAUGUUACACACAGCAACACAAAAUGUUCAGAGAAGAUCUGUCAAGGAAGUAUCAUGGAUAUACCAGGUCGGGGCAACACGCUACGAAACACAGACGAAGUAUUCAAAGAUGCACAAACAUUUAUAACACAAUACUUUUGUUCAAUUAGAAGAGAAAAUUCCGAUGCUCAUAUGAAGAGAGUUCAAGAGAUAGAGAAAGAGUUACAUCGAAGCCAAACUUAUCAAUUGAAGACUGCAGAACUAGUAUUUGGAGCUAAACUUGCGUGGAGAAACGCAGCGCGAUGUAUUGGUAGAAUACAAUGGAAAAAACUCCAAAUAUUUGACUGUCGAGAAGUAACAACAGCUAGGGGAAUGUUUGAAGCUCUCUGUAAUCACAUAAAGUACGCAACGAAUAAGGGGAAUAUAAGAUCUGCAAUCACUAUAUUCCCGCAACGUACAGAUGGAAAACAUGACUACAGAAUAUGGAAUCCACAGUUAAUCAGCUACGCGGGUUAUACCCAACCCGACGGGACAGUGAUAGGCGACCCAUCCAAAGUUGAGUUUACUGAGGUGUGUAUUCAAUUAGGCUGGAAGCCUUCUGGUACUCCUUGGGACAUCCUACCUCUAGUGCUAUCUGCCGAUGGUCGUGACCCAGAAUUCUUUGAGCUUCCACGUGAAAUUGUCAUGGAAGUAGAAAUGGAACAUCCAAAGUACGAAUGGUUCAAGGAAUUAGGCAUACGCUGGUACGCCUUACCCGCAGUGUCCAACAUGAGGUUGGACUGCGGAGGUCUGGAGUUCACAGCUACUGCCUUCAACGGUUGGUACAUGGGGACAGAGAUCGGAUGUCGCAACUUGUGUGAUUCUAAUCGACUAAAUAUCGUUGAGGCUGUAGCGAACAGAAUGGGUCUGGACACGAGCUCAUACGUCUCGUUGUGGAAAGACAAAGCGCUGGUUGAAGUGAAUGUUGCAGUUUUACACAGUUUUCACCGAGACAAUGCCUCGAUAGUCGACCACCACUCGGCUUCAGAACAAUUCAUCAAACACUUGGACAAUGAGAAUAAGAGCAGAGGUGGCUGUCCGUCGGAUUGGAUAUGGAUAGUUCCGCCAUUAUCGUCUUCACUCACUGCGGUGUUUCAUCAAGAAAUGGCUUUGUAUUACAUCAGACCUUCAUACGAUUAUCAGGAACCCGCAUGGAAGACCCAUCAAUGGACUAAAUCUGAGGGUAACAAAAGCCGUAGAAAGUUUCACUUCAAGCAAAUUGCUCGAGCAGUUAAGUUCACGUCUAAACUAUUUAGCCAAGCUCUAUCUAAGCGUAUUAAGGCUACAAUACUAUACGCAACGGAAACAGGCAAAUCUGAGCAGUAUGCUAAGGAGUUGGGGACUAUUUUUGGAUAUGCCUUCAACGCACAGGUUCAUUGCAUGUCAGACUACGAUAUGUUCUCGAUAGAGCACGAAACACUCCUACUGAUCGUAACUUCAACAUUUGGCAACGGCGAGCCUCCUGCAAAUGGCGUCACAUUUGCCGAACAUCUAUUUCAAAUGCUGUACAAUGAGAAAAAAGACCAAAGCGACCAACAAGACAGCGCUGGGAUGUUCAAGACGCCUACACCAAAGUCCUUAAUGAGAUCAAACAGUGUUAUGACACCGAGAAAUGAGUACAAGAGGCAAUUAUCUCGAUUAGAAUCCAGUAGAAGCAACAUUGAAUAUAAAAGACAAUUGUCAAGAUUAGAGUCAAAUAAGAGCAGCAUUGCCGGAACUUCAUCAGCAGAGAACAUAGGACCCCUCAGCAAUGUAUGUUUUGCUGUAUUUGCAUUAGGAUCUAGUGUAUAUCCAAAGUUCUGUUGCUUUGGAAAAACAGUGGACAGAGUGCUUGAAGAUUUGGGUGGUGACAGAUUAAUGGAAGUAACAUGCGGUGACGAGAUGUAUGGACAGGAGCAAGAGUUUAGAUCUUGGUCGUCAAAUAUUUUUCAUACUGCAUGCGAGACAUUUUGUAUAGAGGAAAACGAUGUAAUCAAAGAUGCCAAAAAAUCUGUUGGAAUGAUACCCAUAACAAAAGAUACUGUUAGACUAAUUGGUGUUGAAAGAGCUUUAUCAACCAAGACAGCACUUGAAGAAAGUUACAAAAAACAUUUAAUCAAAUGUAAAGUUGUUGAUAAUAAGUCAUUGGGAGAAAUUUCUUCAGAUAGGGCGACGAUUUUCGUAGAUAUGGAAGUAGAUAGUGAAAUAAAAUACGAUCCUGGUGAUCACAUAGGAAUAAUGGCAAGUAACCGUAAGGAAAUUGUUGAUAUUGUUCUAUCCAAACUAAAAGAAGCAGACAUGUGUGACAAGCCUGUUCAGUUACAAGUUAUGAAAGAGACUCUGACACCUAUGGGUGCUGUCAAAACAUGGGAAAAACAUGAAAGACUACCUGCAGUCACAAUUCGUGAACUAUUCACAAGGUUCCUAGAUAUAACGACCCCGCCAUCAACGAAAGUUUUAAAAUACUUAGCAAGUGUAUGUUCUGAUAAAAGUGAUGCAGAAUGUAUCAACGAAUUAUUAGAGGACUCAAAUAAGUAUGAUGAUUGGAGAUAUCAUUACUAUCCUCAUUUGGGAGAAAUUUUAACUCAAAUACCAUCGUGCAAGCCUCAAACAUCAAUACUGGCUGCACUAUUACCACCACUACAGCCUCGAUUCUACUCUAUAUCGUCAUCACCCCUUGCUCAUCCACAAAGAAUUCACAUCACUGUUGCAGUUGUAAUAUUUAAAACGCAAAACGGCGAAGGAUCUACUCACUACGGUGUUUGUUCAAAUUACUUACAAAGUCUACAGCCCGGCGAUGAAGUUAUUGCUUUUAUAAGAAGGGCACCAAACUUCCACAUGCCUUCAGACAUUUCGGCUCCACUAAUAUUAAUUGGACCGGGUUCUGGUAUAGCGCCAUUCAGAGGCUUUUGGCAUCAUAGACGAUAUCAGAUUAAACAAGAGGAGAAAAAGGCUGGACCUAUGUGGCUGUUCUUUGGAUGUCGAUAUAAAGGAAUGGACUUGUACAAGGAUGAAAAAGCUGCAGCUCUUGAAGAAGGUAUUCUUAGUAAGGCGAUGGUUGCGUUUUCAAGAGAAAAAUCAAAUAAUAAGAAACAUGUUCAAGCACUACUGGAAGACGAAGGAGCUACAAUAUCACAGAUGCUAAUAGAUAAAGGGGGACAUUUUUAUGUAUGUGGUGAUUGUAAGAUGGCCGAAGAAGUGCAGCAAAAACUGAAGGAAAUCCUCAAAACACACGGAAAGCUAUCGGACUCGGAAGUAGAUGAAUUCAUUCUUUUCUUGAUGGAAGAACACAGGUAUCAUGAAGACAUAUUCGGCAUAACGCUUCGCACUUCCGUCGUCCACACUGCUUCCAGAGAAACUGCUAAGAGGACAAGAUUGGAAUCGGGACAGUCUCAAACAUAGCUCAUCAUUCAAGCGAAGGAAAUAUUUGCAGAGAAAAAUCAUAUAAAAUGACAGACAAUAUUUUACAUUAAGUAUAAUGUUUUUGUAAUUAGACAUCUGAUUCUUUAAUUUGUUAAAAUUUUUAUAUGAUUAAUUUUAGAUUGUAGGUAUUAUAUUAAAAUGAUUUAUUUAAAGUGAUAAAUAUACUUCUUUAACAUUU